AUGAACUCCAGUGACACCUUGCUGAUCCUGACACCACCCAGGUACAAUCCUAAUACCCCCAGGUUGCUCGAGUCCCGUCACGAAUGCCGCGGGUUGACUCGAGAUUACAAUGACUUGGAUACGAGGUCCAUCCCGUAUGACAAGGUGUUUGAAACAAGACUUCAAUUGCUUCGCAAACUCUGCGGCAAGGUGGGAGAUGGGACUUUCGUGGAACCCCCUUUCAUGCCAGAUUAUGGAUGCAACAUUAUUAUUGGUAGCAAUUGUUUCAUUAACUGGAACCUGACUGUUUUGGACACGAGUCUGGUAGUGAUCGGCGAUCGCGUCCAGAUCGGAACUGGCGUGGGCCUUCUGUCCGCGGGACAUGACACCAGCAUACUCUCCCGUCAAAAGUUCGUUGAAUUUGGUCAUCCAAUUUUCAUCGAAGACGAUUGCUGGAUUGGCGCCAAUGUGAUCGUACUCCCUGGUGUGCGUAUUGGUAAAGGUAGUACAGUUGGUGCAGGAUCCAUUGUAACCAAAAACAUUCCCCCAUAUUCGGUUGCAAUGGGCGCGCCCUGCCGCGUCAAGAAGACGAUCCAAUCGGUGGAGGAAGAAGAACAGGAUCCCAAUAACCCGUAUCGCCAUCUAUCACGGGAGCAUUGA